GUUGAUUCUUAGCAGUGUUGUUAUACUCCUUCACCAUAUUGCCGUGAGAGAAAUUGAAAAGCCACUACUUCAUCAGUUUGUAAAGUUUUGCUCAUUGAAUUGAGUGAUUUGGUGUUGUCAAUCAUUAAUAGUCCAGAGCAACUAUCAAGAUGAGUGGCAGAUACAGCAGAACGUACAGUCGGAGGAAAGCGGGUCCUCCUCCCAUCAGCCAGUUUGACAAAUUGGUGACAGACCCAGGCAGCAGUAACAGCACCAAGCCAUCUGCCACAAAGACAGCUGGACACAUUGGCAAGUGGGGCAUCACUUCCUUCACAUCUCUGCGCAGCAUCAAUGGACUUGGUGGCAAAGAUGACUCCAAUAAGCGGUUUCUUGAUGACUCUCCACCUUCAUCAAUUGGUGACAGUGCCUACAAUUUUGACAGUGGAACUCCUGCCAAUGGGGCUUCCCUUCAGGUGAAGCCUCCCAUCAAGACUUUCAGCAGACCACGGAAGUUCUUUAAAUCCAGGAAUACCGAGGAGGCUCCUGAGCCUUCCAAGUCCUCCGCCGACAAGGGGCGGGGAAAGACGAGUGAUGGCUUGUACGGCGUGAAAGCCCCUCCCCUGGCCUCUUUUGAGAUGCCGGACUCUAUUCAGGGGAGCCAGAGGGACCUUGGGCCAUCCAAGGGAAGUGUUGAUGCUGGGAGGGAGAGUGUUUUUGAUAAACUUGUGACCAGUCCCACCACCAAUAAGUUCAGUAACUCUGAAACAGUGACCACCUCAAGGUCUGGUAGUGGUAUUAAGUUAAAGAUCUUUAAGAGCAGAAAUGUGGCCUCGUGUUCUCAGGAAACUUAUUCGAGUACUGUGGAAUUGCCCAGUGACGACUCACACGCAGGCAGUGCCUCAACCAGCGUUGCCAGUUCUCCUUCCACUAAAGAUUUAAGUGAAGAAAACAGAGACUCGUCAGAGGAACUUGCUCCCUCUGGCUCCCCACAGACUGAGUACAAAGAAAUACAAGUCACUUUGCCAACUCUUUCAUCAGGGGAAACCGGCUAUAGUUCUCCAGAAAAAGACGCACUGAAUAGGACAUUAGACUCUUCGUUUGAGUAUAACGAAAUAAUAGACCAGAGAACGGGGUUGCCAGUAGAUAUGUGUAAUGAGGAUAGGUUUAGAGUUACAGAGAAUAAAUCAAAGAGUGAGACACCACAGUGCGAUGCUAAAGUUACAGAUCUCUCCAAAUUCUCAAAAUCUGGUGAGCUGAACAAAUGUAUCAGAAAAGAUUUAAUGUCAACAUCAGAAAUAGACACUCAGCAAAGUGUUUUACCAAGUGAAGUCUGUGAUGCCCCAUUGCCUGAUUACGAUGUGUUAAGUAUGGGAACCAGUGAUUUUGCUGAGCCACAGAAAACACCGCCCUUGGAAAGGGGAGGCAGUCUGUGUGUUUCCUCCAGUGCUGGUGACGGAGACAGUGAGAAUUUCAACCUCUUCGGCACAGACUUUGACGAGAACGAGAUAGUGGAUCGUACAAAUAUUGACUGUUCUGUUCCAGGAGCGUUGCCUCUCAAGGAUGAAGGCGGCCUAGGAGACACACAGGAAAUGGAAGACUUCUUAUUUUCCACUCAGGGUUCACUUGACACUUCACAGUCGACUGCUGCGGCCAGCUUUGACUCCUUCAAGCCUGGCCAGCGGUCCAAGUCAGAGACGGAAGCCAUCAAGAAGCAAGGUCAGCCUCUUGUUAAGAAAAGAAGCAUCUUUAAAAGCAGGGAUGUUGACAGGGAUGCCAAGAAAAGGGCCACUUACACACACAAGUGGCACAGCCAUGAAGAAAAGGAUGACAAUGCCAAGCAACAUAUGCCAGUCCUGCAGAACACCCAGAGUAUGUCGGGAGGCGGCACAACUUUUGAUGAGUUUGAUUUUGAGAUGCCAACGUCCUUGAAGAGGGUACAGACCUGGCCCGGCUCCUCUGCUGACCUUGAUGACUCCACAGAAGCUCAGUCUGUGACCAGCGUCAAGUGUGCCAAGAGUGCUAAGCAGUACUACACUGUGGUGAAGAAUGUGAAGAAGACCCACCAGCUACAGGAAUCUGGGGAGUUCCAAGAGUUCAAUGACGAUGUAGAGUACUUCCUGGAUGCCCUGCGCUCUUCGUAUCCUGUCCCCACCCGCUGCCUGGCUGCUCUCAACCUGGCCCAGAAGUGCAUGGUGCCGUCCUUCAGGAUGCAUCUGCGGGCCCAUGGGACGGUCAUUAAGUUCUUCAGUGCCCUCUCUGAUGCUCAUUCAGACCAUAGGCUGGCUAUCUGUGCGGCCACUGUCAUGUUCAUGCUGAGCCAGGACCGCCUCAACAUGGACCUGGACAGAGACUCCCUGGAACUGAUGCUCAACCUCCUGGACACCGACGCAGACACCAAUGAGGAUGUGCCAUCCCUUGACGUGGCCUUCAUCUCCCAGAACAAGAAGAAGAUCCGAGAGCUGUGUCAAGAUAUACAGAAGAAAGGCCAUGCUAAGCACCUCAACCUGGAGAACAUCAAUGCUGGCCACCUGGCUAUGGAGACACUGCUCAGUCUUACCUCCAAGCGUGCAGGCGAGUGGUUCAAGGAAGAGCUGCGGGAGUUGGGAGGUGUGGAGCACCUGGUGCGCACUAUCACCUCCUGUACAGAGGCAUUUUCUCCUGAGCUGGAAACUUGGACUCAUCCACUGCUGGAGAAAUUGUCCAAGGUCGAUCGCUGUCUUAAGGUUAUUGAAAACGUGACACAUCAGAAUACUGCCAACCAAGAGUACCUGCUUCGGUACCAAGCUGGCAUUUUCCCAGAGAAGCUGAUGAGCCUGUACAGAAUGUGUCACGUGGAGGUGCCUCUGUAUCCAACGGUGGAGGUCAAGAUAGAGAACACAUUAGUGGGUGGGAUGUCUAGUGGGCAGCUACUGGUGCAGACUCUUCUCACCACUAUCAAAGUCCUUAUCAACCUCACUCACAGUUCAGGCAAAGAAGCUUUGGGCAGUAAGCUAUUGGGUAAUCAACAGGACCUGUAUGACAUCACUCUCUACUGCCUGCUCACUAUGCCAAGGUACCUGGCAGUGGACAAGAAGUUCGAGUUGAUAAUUCUUGCUUGCUGCUUACUCCUCAAUUUGGUUGAACACAGCAAAUUCAACCGGAUCAUGCUCAGAAAGACCAAAGUUCCUGAAGAAUUGGAUGGCGAUGAGAACAUAUUUUCAUGUUCUGGGGAGAAGAAGGGUGCCAUGCAGGCCUUGGUGGAGCUGUUCUAUCGCAGUGAGGAGAGUGCUCGCCAGCAGGAGGCACACACCAAUGACAUCAUUGAGCACGAUCUGACGGAACAAAGCAAGCAGAAAGAUGAAGACAAGAAGGAAGAUGAAAUUGAAGAAACUGUUGCUAAAUUGCUACAGAAGGCUGGCCAUCACAUGGAGGACACUCUCAUAGCAGCUUACACUGCCCUCAUUACUGGAUAUUGCAUCAUGGAAGAUGAGGACUGUGAGGCUGAGAUCCGAGCCAUGCUACCUGAUGGAAACUUCAGCUUGAUGGUGACUGUGCUGAAGAAGUUUCUUCGAUUCAUGGAUCUUACAGCCUCUACAAGCCUGCUGCGGAGCCUGAAGCCGACUGAACGGGUUGUGAAGCACAUGGAGAAGCUGGACCAAGAAUCUGAUGACGAGGCCGAGAAUGAAAGGAAGAAACAGGAAGCCAAAGAAUUGGAACUUGAUGCUUUUGGGUUUUAAAGCCAUUAUCAGUACCCUAAGUAAACCUCUGUUUGUGCUCAUCAUAAAUUAUUUUAUUUUAAAUUUGUAUAAAUGAGUUAACCUUUUUUUUUUUAUGUAUUGAAUUUAAUAAAAAUAUUUUACAGUAUUUAAAUCAUAGUAGUUUAAGGGUCAUGAUUUGCUUAAUUUUGUAAUUAUUCACAUAGUAUGUGAAGUUAAAGACCAGAGGAACAAGAAUACAUUGGGAUAUGGAGCCUCUGUUGGCCUGUUAAUAUUUCAUAUUUGGACCAGCUCCUCUUUCACCUGGUGUUAUUGUCUGCAGCGCCAAGAGUACAAUUUACAUUUUCCCCUCAUGUAUAUUACUGUAGCAUAGGGUAGGUAGUGCAAUACAUGCAUCAUCCAUUACUCUGCCCUUCACUCUUCACUGGCCAACCAAAACCAAAGAUAACAGCCCCUGACUGCCCUCAUUGAAUCAUUAAUGGCAGAGGCAUUGUCCUGCAGCAGAGAGUCAGACCAAGAGUGAAGUGACCUGUAGUAGGUAGUGUUACUCUAGCGUGUAGUGGAGUAGUAUCUUUUACAUUUUAAAUAUAAAUUCUUAAAGAGACUAUUUUUUUGUCAAUGAGAACUUUUGUGUAUGUGUCACUACUGUAAUAGUGACUUUGUUCCCGAUGACCAGACACACCCAGUCAAUGACCAAAAUUCAGCGUCUUUUUAUCUGAUAACUUCAUACCAAAGCUUAUUCCCAAGCUAAUGAAGGCUUGGUAAAGGCUAAGGAGCUUCAUAAAACACAAGCAAACAACAAACAAAAACCAGCUUAGACCAGUGCAUCAUGACACUGGAAGGUUGGUGACUGGGUGAGCCUCAUAAGAAUGUAUGUUUUUAUGAGUGAGUUGUUUUUGCUUUGUAAAGAAGAAUGAUUCUGUACUUUUCUGCAUAUGCACGCGGGAUGCUGUAAGGGGGGAGGGGGUGUCCAGGAGUACAGACUGUCAGGAAAAAUUCUACCAGUGACCUGAUUUUUUUUAGUGAAGAGUGCAUUCAUGUCCUUAGGGUUAUUUUUGUCCAGUAGUGUGAUAGUUGGAGUAUACAUACAUACAGUUAUCAUUGUUUCAUAUACAUUUCCACAAACCACAUUACCCUGUUUUCUAUUUGCACCUGAUGUGUAUAUUCAAAUGGGUUCCUACUGUGAGCCAACUAUUCCUUUUAUGUAGUAAUUUUCCCAGAGAUCUCAGAAUAUAAAAUUUUAUGUUGAUUAAACUGUGUCUUUAUACUGCCCUUCAGGAGAUCAUGUAAAAUUUAUGAUAUCUAUUCUGUGUUGUUGAAGAUAGUUGACAUGUGAAGCUUCAGUAAACAUGUGCACUGCCCUCUUUCUGAGAUACUGGUCACCGGUGAGACAGUCGCCUCAGUGAGUGCUGUGCCAUGACCUUUGUGUCGCAGCGCCCUGUCUGUUAUGAUCGAUCCGGCAGUCACACGUAAUGGACCGCUGGAGUGACUGUCAGACUGUAGUGAAAGAAUAAUAACAAUAAUAAGCA